GCGCAGCCUCGGUGCGGCUCAGCUGCCCGGCCCGACAGCCCCCGGCCCGACCGCCCCUGGCCCGACAGCCCGCGGCCUGGCUCGGCCCCGGCGCUCCUCACCCCGCCUGCAUCAUGGCCAGUCCGAGGACGAGGAAAGUCCUUAAAGAAGUCAGGGUACAGGAUGCAAACAACCCUCCUGUCAGGACACCCUGCCUCCAUCCUCUUCCUCGACGUGUGCCCUCUGCCGCCCUAGGUGCCGCCCCUCCAGCUGGCCCACACCUAGCCGUGCAGGUCUGCUUUGAGUGUGGUGCAUUCAACCCUCAGUGGGUGAGCGUGACCUAUGGGAUCUGGAUCUGCCUGGAGUGUUCAGGGAAGCACCGAGGGCUGGGUGUGCACCUCAGCUUUGUGCGCUCAGUGACUAUGGACAAGUGGAAGGACAUCGAGCUCGAGAAGAUGAAAGCUGGUGGAAAUGCUAAAUUCCGAGAGUUUCUGGAAUCCCAAGAAGAUUACGAUCCCAGCUGGUCAUUACAGGAGAAAUACAACAGCAAGGCCGCAGCACUCUUUAGGGACAAGGUGGCCACUCUGGCCGAAGGCAAAGAAUGGUCCCUGGAAUCAUCACCUGCCCAGACCUGGACCUCACCACAGCCCAGAACUCCACUGCCCACCACCCACCGAGCUGCUGGCCAGCCCCAGAACGUGACCACCUCCUCCGACAAGGCUUUUGAGGACUGGCUGAAUGACGACCUCGGGUACUACCAGGGGGCCCAGGAGAACCGCUAUGUGGGGUUUGGUAACACGGUGCUGCCGCCCAAGCGAGAUGACGACUUCCUCAACAAUGCUAUGUCCUCCCUAUACUCGGGCUGGAGCAGUUUUACAACUGGAGCAAGCAGGUUCGCCUCCGCAGCCAAGGAGGGCGCUACGAAGUUUGGAUCCCAAGCAAGUCAAAAGGCUUCCGAGUUGGGCCACAGUCUGAAUGAAAACGUCCUCAAGCCUGCUCAGGAGAAGGUGAAGGAGGGAAGGAUUUUGGAUGACAUGUCCAGUGGGGUCUCUCAGCUGGCGUCCAAGGUCCAGGGGGUUAGCAGUAAAGGGUGGAGAGACAUGACGACUUUUUUUUCUGGGAAAACAGAGGAGCCCUCUGACAGCACCCCGGAGGGCGUUGGCUACCAGAACAGCAGUGGGGACCAUGUCCAGGGCAGCACCAUCAACCAGAGCUUCUGGGAGACUUUUGGGAGUGCCAGUGCCCCCCGGGCCCGCCAGUCUCCAAGCAGCGGCAGUUGGACGGGUGUGGAAAACUCAGCAGAGCGCAAGAGCUCAGACAGCUGGGACAUCUGGGGCUCGGGCACAGGCUCCAACCAUAGAAACAGUAACAGCGACGGCUGGGAGAACUGGGAGGGUGCCGGGGAGGGCCGGGCCAGGGCUGUGCAGAAGGCUGUACCACCCCCUGCGCCCACUGAUGAGGGCUGGGACAACCAGGACUGGUAGGGCAUCCACCCACUGUGGUGCCAAGCACUGGCCGCUGCCCUGUCACACUUCCCUCCUUGUUCUCCUUCCACUUGGCCCAGAGACCCCCCAGUGAGCAGACAGCUUCUUGGGAGACAGACCCUGACAUGGCCCAGGCACUUCAGCCUCUGCGGGUUCUGGCUAUGUUAGAGCACGUUAUCUACCCCCCGCCCCCCACCCCCCGUCCCCGAGCUCUCUUGGCCACACUGGCUCCAGUGGUGUCUCUGUGUGCAGACAGCCCUUCUAUGACCUGUUCGCUAAUAAACGUACUCCUCCUGAUCUGCAGCGCUGGACAGCUGGCGGCGCUGUCGGCCUGUGGGACGCUGCA